AUGACGCGGUUAGACAAUUCCCAGUUUUUGAGCCAACUCAAGGAUCUUGUCUUGAAGAAUCAGGGCAAAUCAUCUGUAUACCUUACUCAGAAACGGUUAUCUACCGAAAAACCACAUGGAGAAUCAUUGUCAACUGAUUUUCCAACAAAUGUCAUUGAUAUGGACAAGCUGUUACCAAGAAACGAACAAAAAUAUCCUAUAUUGAUUCGUGUGAGUAUGAACAGUUCCAAUAAUAGAGAUGGAGAGGGUGGGAAAAAAGUGAAAAUAUCAACAGUAGUAGAAACUGAACAAUUGAAUCAAUUUUGGCAAGAUUAUAUUCAAGUCAUUAAAAUUGGAUUUGUUGGAUUAAAGAAGAAGGAGAAGAAGAGUAAAAGUAAAAAAAAUAAAAUCGGCAAAUAA